AUGAAUAGUUCUUGGAUGUACCGUUGGUACGAUACCGUUGGCCCGUCUAGUACGGGCAGCAGAGCUUUCGGGACGUCAGAGGUGUCCAAGCUGAAGCCUCCGUUUGCGGGUGAAACCAACAGCGGCGGCAGCGCCACGGAUGGUGUUGUCCUUUCGCCAGAAGCGAUUGUGCGCCUGCAGAACCUUCUGGAAAGGGCCGCUAACGGCACCGACGUGUCCGUGGAGCUCGUAGCAACGCUGCAAAACAUUGUACGGCAGGCGAGCUCUAGGGACGGUAGGGUCACGGCUACCGCCGGCGGCGGCGGUGAUCCGGAUGAGCUAUUGGACAACAAGACCUCUCGGGUCGCGAAGGACGUCACCCAGCCGCCAAAGCUGCCAAGCUUCCUCCCACAGCCAACCGCGCCGCCGCCGCCAGCCAUGCCGCCCGACGAGCCUGCUGUACCGCCGCAUCCGACAACUGCGAUAAUGGACGUCGAUGAAGGUUCUCGUGCAUCCACUGACCCACGGGUCAUGCAGCAGUCCGCUGAUCCUGGUCUCCAGGGCCCCAGCGCGCCGUCAGCUGUUGGAUCCGCUUCGGUACCUCCACCGCUGACAUCGAAGUCGCCGCGGCCGCCGGCACCGCCACCGCCUCCGUACACUGCCAGGUCUAUUCAGCCACCGCGUCUGGAUAGGCCAUUCGGCUCUGUGCCUAUUGUCCCUGCUGCAUCGUACGGAUCGUCUCCCAAUGCGUCGAGCCAAACAGCACCCGAUGCCCUUGUCGUACAGAUCCCAGCGGCUAGGAUGCCUGGCGGCAGGUUGGACAGCGUGAAUGUUGUGACACUGGUGGCGGCGUCGGUGUCGGUCGCGGUGGCGAUAGUGGCCGUCCGUCGGUUGCUGCCGCAGCCGCCAGCGACACCGCUGCCUACUCAGAUGGGCCCUAUGGAUUUUCGAUUCCGCCACCGUUUGCCAUCGAAGAUGAUGCAAUGGCACUGGUAUCACCCAAUGGGGCUGCUGUCGUGA